CGCUCGAGCGCCCUCUAUCCCUCAAAAAACUCCAGUCUGUUGUGAGAAGCAGAAGUGAGUGGGUGCAUGUUGUUACGGCUGGAUUUGAGUGGAUUAAUACCAUACCUUAAGUGGCUCGUGGUGUGUCGGGUUUCGUGUGAUAAUGGUGUGACGUGAACGCAGUGGCGUAGUGCUGGCAUGGGCGUCACUCCAGGAGAGGACGCGUACAGCAUCCCGUUCUUGGCGCGAUUGCUGCACUCGCUACCUCAUCUCAAUGUUACAUUCCAUCAAGUCAAUAAUUCCUUCGACCCACAUUCGCCAGUUUAUUUAGAGAGUUUGGGCAUCUUGGGCUCCCUCCCAGCCGCCUGGCUCAUCCUCACCCUCCUAGUGCUCCUCAUCUACCUCCUCACACGAUGCUGCGACCGCAAACCGCGACCCUCCCGUUCCAUAUCCGCUUUGAAAGUCUCCCUCGCCAUCGUCUCGGUGCUCUGUUGCGCCGCCAUCGGUCUCGGCCUCUACGGCAACGACGACCUCCACAACGGCGUCGUCCGCCUCCUCGAAGAAGGCCGCCAAGUGGAUAUUCUCGUUGCGAAAAUUCGAAACCAGACCGAAGCCAUCGAACGCCAACUUCGUGUCCAAGUCGAAGCUCAAUUAGUCAAUAUGCGUGACAUCUUCGACGAGCCGGUGAGCAACAUGAGCAUGUUCAAGCCGGCUUUGAACUAUUUGGAAAAAACAAUGGGCAAUAACACUAUGGCGGCCAACGCCGCCCAAGAUAUACGACAGCCCUUGCUAGGGAUGAAUCUCAUGCCGAAGAUCGUAGUUGGCGAGAAGGUGGAGGCGAUCAGGUGGCCUCUGACCAUGGCCGUCUUGAGCGUUUUACUCAUUUUGUGUGUGAUAUUAUUGGUGGGGGUGGCCCGCCACAGCCGUUGCGCUCUCAUAGCCUUCUCUGUGUGCGGACUUUUGGCCGUGAUAGCGUCAUAUUUAAUGGCGAGCGUCUACCUCGCCUCUAGCGUAGCAUUAGGUGACUUAUGUAUAGCCCCCGAUAAGUUCGUCGAGGACCAAGCCUCGACCGAGCUCUCCAAAGACAUCUUACGAUAUUAUACGAGUUGUGAAAGGGCAAGGGCUAACCCUUUUACGCAGAGACUGCGCGAGGCCAAAACGGCCAUUGAAAACAUGCGCUCGAAUUUGAAUAGUUUGAGACAACCGGCGUUGAAUCUCUUCCCGAAAAAGCAAUUAGAUACGAAAUUUUCAUCGUUGAAGAAUGAAGUAAACUCGGCCGAUACGUCCGUUACGAUUUUAACGACAUCGGUGGAUUGUAGGGCACUGCAUGCGCAUUAUUUGAGAGGGGCGAGGGCGUUGUGUAAUGUGGGGCUGUUGGGGCUCACGAUGAUGCUGGUGUCGGCGGUUUUGGCCGGAUUGCUGCUGACGGCGCUGGUGUGGGUGGACUCGCACACGUGGAUUUAUAUAAGAAAGAGGAAAGACUACCAUCAAGUGAACGAGAACGACCCGUACUUACCUCCACCUCAAGCCAGUCAAGCGAUCGCCGCUCGGACUCUCCAACGGAGCCAAGGGUCGUCUUAUCCCCCUGAUACUCCUCCACCUAGCUACACGUCCGCCUUGAUGCAUAAUCGGACGCAUGCCUCAGCUCCUUUCCCGCAUGAAGCCGAUUCGUUACUAGAUGGGUGUGACAUGCGUCCACCGGAGCACCACCGAGGAGCCCAUAUGUCUCAUCUCCGAGGUCACACCCUCGGCCGGCUCCCAUCACACCACCAUGAACCCGCUCUCUCAGGACCUAAUAAUGGAAAGUACGCGACUUUGAGCAAACAGUGCAAAACACUCGAAAGCUCUGAUUUUUACUGAGACAGGGCUGCCUGCAAGGAAUUCCCAAACUUUAUCGGUUUUAAGUUCGAGCAACAGCGUCAACAGCAGCCCCCCGACCAGCCGCGCACGGCCAACAUCCAGAAAUUCAGCUCGUUGGGGCGCCGCCCUCUGCCGCAGACGCCCGACGAGAAGGCGCGCAAACAGCCCCCGGUGCCGAAAGUGCCCUCCACCAUUUCGCAAAACGUCGAAACGCCGCUGAAUCCGGCCAACUUCCGGUCGUUACAGAGGGGCGCAUGGCAGGACGGCACUUCCACCUUCCAGCCAGGGGCGCAGUUCCGGUCGCUGCAAAGGGGCUCCAGUGCGCAACCAAACCACUCGCAGUUCAGGUCCGCUAAAAUCCAGGACCAAGCGCACGGCGAAGCCGUGUAUGCGAACAGCGAAAGCGAGCGCCAGUUGUACGCCGUUACCGAGUUGUAAUUUUAGUUUCUUUUUGGGAAAUGCAGGCAGUGGAUACUAUUUGAAAUAGACAUGGUUUUUAUCGGUUUUUUUUUGAGAUUUUUUCAGUAAAUAAUGCACAAGAUUGUGUAAAAAUCAAUGUAAAUAAUUGUUGCCCCUUUUCUUGUGCCAAAUUUGCGAUUUUAGUGGCACAUAAGGUAAGGUGUUACUUUAGCCACAAGCAACGGCGCACCUGAUAGUGGGUUUAAAUGAACAAUGUUUUUUUAUUACUGAUAACAAGUCAACACUUCGUUCUGUUGGAAAUUUCUAUGAAUUUAAAAAAUCUACUUUGAAAUAUGAUAAUAAAUAAUUGGAACGUGAGUCUGUUAAGUUACGCAGUCAUUCGAAUAAUUGAAUUCGUUAGUCGUCAAAAGGACUUAAUGUCUUGUAUAGAGGCUGUGUUAGAUUUAGAUUAAAUUUAGCUGAAUUUUUGCCGUUAAAAGUGAUACCAACUACCAACCUUAAUUGUUUAAUUCGAAAAAAUUACUAUUUAUGGUAAUACUAACAAAAAAACAGUUUAAAAACCCGACACACUAAACGUUUAUUAUUUUUUAUCGGACUACGGAAAUCUAAAGGUUAGGAUAUGAAACGACGUACAAAUAAAACGUUCCUAUCUUAGAUAGUUCCGUUAAUGUCCGCCAGAGAGCGUAUUUCUUUGCUGUCUUAAGUUUUAGGACAAGGGUUGUUUAACACAAGCUAAACAAAAAAAUACAGGCAGAUAGAGCAUUCAAUUUUCUAUAGUAAGACGUAAACGUAAUGCAAGUUUUAUCGUAAACUAUUAUUAAAACAAUUUGAAAAUUUUACCACUUUACACUCUGUCCCAUAUUUUUCAAAACGCUGCGAAUACGGUAACAGUUGCAAGAAAAAUGUUAGGAAGAAAGUUGUAGAGAAUUAAAUUUCCUACAAAAAAGUCCGCGAAGCCAUAUUCCUAUCUUCAACCAUUUAGGCCCCAAAGUCGUUUAAAGACGCUCAAGUGACGAAUUUGCUUCAUUUUGCCAGUAGUCAAGUAUUGGAAAGUUAAUUUCUACCUAAACCGUUGAGGAUGGAAAUAUGGUGUCGCGGACUUUUUUGUAGAAAAUUUAAUUCUCUACAACUUUGUUCCUUACACUUUUUUGUAACUUGAACCGUAUUCGCAGCGUUCGCAAAUAUAUGGUGGAACGCAUGUUGAUAAUUCUAAGCGAUAAUUUUUUACGCACCGUCGCCUAUUUACCAAAACGCUGGGAAUACGGUUGAAGAUACAGAAAAAGUGUAAGGAGCAAAGUUGUAGAGAUUUAAAUUUUAUUUGAAAAAGUCCGCGACGCCAUAUUUCUAUCUUCUACAGUUUAGGUAUAAAUUAACUUUACGUUACUUCACCACCGAUAAAAUGAAGUGAAUGCGUCGUUUGAGCGUCUUUGGGGACUAAACCGUUGGUCUCGCAGACUUAUUUAAAGAAAAUUUAAUUCCCUACAAAUUUCUUUCUAACAUUUUUCUUGUAUCUUCAAGCGUAUUCGCAGUGUAUUUAAAAUUUUUUUUUCAUGUUUCUUCUGAAAAUUUUGGUUUGUUAAGAGUGCAUCUUUUCCAAGUCUUUAGUGAUUUGGUUAGAUUUAAAUUAAUUUAAUUUAAUUAAUUUAAAAACUACUAUUUUUAGGUUCAGAAAAUCCUACGAUUUUGUUUAUUGUUUCGUCUCCUAACUUAUAGUUCUCCGUAGUCCACUCCCUAAAUGUUAUUAAUACCAGCAAACUUGUUUAAAGUCCGAUUUACACUAGAGAGCAGACGUAAUAAAAUAACACUAGUUAAAUCUUAUUUUUCCUGUUUAACUCUAUAGUGUUUAAUUGCAUUUUCCCUGUUUUAUUUUUACAUUUAAAAAUUGUUGACAUAACUUCAAACCUGACUUUUACGACACAGGGUGUUCCAAACUGAAAAACAAACCACUCUUCAUGGUUAAAAAACACAUUUACUUAAAAUAAUUUUUGAAAAAACGUGACAAAAUAAAAUAUUUUAAUGAUAGAAGUCACAGCUAGAGGGCGUGUUGAGUUGUUGUCAGUGGUUGUGGUUUUUGAGGCGGGUGCGUCGAUUGUGGCUGCAGUGACAUUUUCCCGCACAUGAUACCAACCAAAUGGGAACAAAACUUAUUCUGAAAGCACACUAAAUUUGCUCAUGCGUUCCGUGUCAGGAUAGUCGGUUUAGUGAUACUGCCAUUUCGGUGGUGCUAAGUACAAUGUCACAAUAAGUCAGUUUAAUGUUAGAACAAAUUUACGUAAUUAAAAAUAUUUUACAUAUUAAUGUGAAACUUAUGUAAUGGUAAAAUAGCUGUCUAAAUUUAGAUUUUUCUAGGGAUAAUAAUUUUUACCAAAACAGCUUCGAUUGUACACAGUUUUUAUAAUCAAACAGCUGUUUUUACAAGCCGGACGUGAGGUGAUGGGUGGCUUUGAGGCACUCGUCGCUUCGUUCGUGUUUCAAUUUUUUGUACAUUAUUAUUAUAUUCAUCGUAUUGAUAAAGGAAUAACUGCCAAAGAUUCAUGAUUUGAUGCUUGGAAUAAGACUGGAAGUUCGAAUGCAUGUCUCAUUUAAUAUUUCAUGUAACUUUACGAUAAAUGUCAAUGUAUCUUUAUCAAAAAACUUAUUUUUAAGUUACGGUUUUUCACGUACAUCGACACAGGCCUUGCCUUCUUUCGACUUCUCUUCUAAGUUACGCUUCAUUAUUUUGUACAUUACCGCAUCCACAUGUAAAAAUUGUACCGCAUUAUUUAUUUUUACUGUCUAGAAUUAUUUUACGUUAUGAACUGUAUCUAUAGUGAAGUUAUGUAAGUAAAUAUCCAUUUUCAGAA